AUCCGUUGUGCGAUGAAUCUGUCUGCGUUCAUUCGCGCCUCAGCCGCUCAUUUUCCUCCUCUACAUUCUACCACAGACACAAGUGGUCUUGUUACUCAGAAUUUCGCCAUCGAAGGCCGGAAUCUGAAUUACUCGAUCACGACAAGACAUGGGAAAUUUGUUCCGAUUCUCAAGGACUGUUCUCUUCAGAUUCCUUCUGGACAGCUCUGGAUGCUUCUUGGACCUAAUGGUUGCGGCAAAUCCACACUCUUAAAGGUCUUAGCUGGGCUUUUGAAUCCAACUGGUGGGACUGCGUAUGUCAGAAGGCCUAAGAGUUUUGUUUUCCAGAACCCAGAUCACCAGGUAGUGAUGCCUACUGUUGAAGCAGAUGUUGCAUUUGGUCUUGGUAAAUUCAACCUUACUGAAGACGAAGUUAGGUCCAGAGUGGAAAAAGCUUUAGAUGCUGUGGGCAUGUCUGGCUAUUUGCAAAGGCCAGUUCAAACUCUCAGUGGUGGUCAGAAACAAAGGGUUGCCAUUGCUGGUGCUUUAGCCGAAGCUUGUAAAGUUCUGUUAUUAGAUGAACUUACAACAUUUUUGGAUGAAAAUGAUCAGAUUGGGGUGAUAAAUGCAGUUAAAAGUUCUCUGGCUGGUUCUGGAGAUGUCACAGCAUUAUGGGUUACCCAUCGCUUGGAAGAACUAGAGCAUGCAGAUGGUGCUGUCUAUAUGGAAGAUGGGAAGGUUAUAAUGCAUAGUGAUGCUGCAAGUGUACUGGGUUUUAUCAAAGAGAGGCAAACAGCUUAUAAUGACCGGAUAAAUUCUUUGUGAAACCCUGAAUCACUUUAUUGAAGUGGUAAAAUUGCAAAGAUACUUUUGG